UUCACUAUCUUCUUUGCAUGGUUUCUACUUUCCUACAAACAAAAAAUAAACUGCCCUUUUAAUUCGUUGCAGCCAUGUUUGGAAAAAUUAAGGUUAGGGUAUUGGACUCGACCAAGUAUGCCAAGAAGCUCGGAGAAGAAGAUCCAAGACGAAUCUUUCAUGCCGUUAAGGUUGGAAUAGCAAUCACGUUGAUGUCUAUGUUCUACUACUUCAAACCUCUUUACCAUAGCUUUGAAGAAGCAGGAAUGUGGGCGAUUUUAACCGUUGUUGUCGUCUUCGAAUUCACAGUCGGAGGAACAAUUGCAAAAGGUCUCAAUAGAGGGGCUGCAACAUUAGUGGCUGCUGGAUUAGGGGUUGGAGCUGAAUAUUUGGGCAAUGCAUGUGGAAACAAAGGAGAGCCUAUUAUUCUUGGCGCUUUGGUUUUUCUUUUAGCGAGUGUAGCAACGUUUACAAGAUUUGUGCCACGAGUGAAGAGACGAUACGACUAUGGUGUGACGAUUUUCAUACUCACCUUCACUCUAGUCGCGGUCUCAGGGGCUCGAGCUUCUCAGAUUUGGAAAAUGGCGUAUGAGCGCCUCACCACCAUCCUCAUCGGCGGCGCCACCUGCAUGGUUAUAUCACUAUGCAUCUACCCAGUUUGGGCAGGCCAAGAUUUGCAUAAUCUCAUUGCUACUAAUAUAGGAAAGCUUGCUACAUUCUUAGAAGGUUUUGGUGGUCAAUUUUGUAAUUAUUCGGCUGAUGGUGAGGAUAAGUCAUAUCUCCAAAGCCAUAAAACAGUACUCAACUCAAAAGCAAAUGAGGAAAUAUUGGCGAAUUUUGCUUGGUGGGAACUUGGACACGGUCGUUUUAAGUUUAAUCAUCCAUGGAAAGUCUACUUGAACAUCGGUAGCCUAGUCCGGGAAUGUGCUUGCCAAAUUGAAACGCUUAGUGGUUGCAUAAAUUCAAAAUCUCAGGUUUUAUGCGAGUUCCAACAAAAGAUCCAACCAUCAUGUGUGGAAAUGAGCAUAGAAUCAAGUAAGGCACUAAGGGAAUUAGCUGAAGCAAUUAAAGAAACGAGAUUCCCAUCAGCAGCUGUUGAAAUUCAUCUACAAAACUCCAAAGCUGCAGCUGAGGAUCUGAAAAAAAUAAUGGAGAAUUCCUCACUUCCAACUAUAGCAGGUCUUCAAGAAAUUGUGCCAAUUCUUGUGAUAACAUCGGUGCUAAUCGACAUCAUUAAAUUCGUAGAGAAAAUAUCAACUUCUGUUGAAGAACUAUCGCAGAAAGCAGGCUUUAAACAAAGGAACAAACAAGCACAAGUGAAGCCAGUUCAUGAUCACGUUGUGAUAGAUGUUAUCGAGAUUAAGACAAAAUACUCACCGCCGCAGAUCUAGAAUAUUUCUUUUUAAUCAAUGCAUAAUUGAUUAGAAUGGUGUCUUAGUCCCCUAAUUGUCUAUUUUCUUGCAAUUAUGUGAGGGAUUUUAAUGUAAUUUUUCCACUUGUAUAUAAAAUUGUUAGGAAAAUUGGCCUAACUAAUUUGGUGGUUGGAGCAUCAACAACACGGCCAUCUAUGUUGGAGUGGGAAAGAUCGAAGAGCUUGUGUGCACACUUUUGUUCUAAUUUAUUAUAGAAUAAAAACAUGAUUAAAAUUUUUAGUCUUGUAUA